ACAACAAUUCAGCGCUCAGCAGACAGCUAAUUUAUCAUUUUACUUAUCAUAGAUAUCAUCCAAAGUUCUUUGUAUUUAAAAUCCCUACAUUGUCAUAUCUGUGUCAGAUCUAAUUAAUUUGAUCCCAUUAGUAACACUUUUCUUUUAAAGAAUAAAUAUAGCAGUGAACUAGUGACCUGUGAUGUCGUUUUUUUAACCUUACUUGAUUCUAAGGAAACAAUGCCAAGUGAUAUUACGGAAAAGUUCCUUGAAGUUCUGAAUACUACCUUCUCAUUAUGUGAUAAAAAUGGAACAGGUCUUGUUGAGAUCAAUAGGCUUAUUGAUUUUCUCAUAUCUCAAGAACCAUCCUGGCACGAUAAUGAAACAGUGCGAGAAGAAUUUUUUAAAGUUUUGCACAAUGACCUAAACAAUGUAAUAAGUAAAGAUGAAUUCAUUAAGUCGCUGCUGGAAUGGUUUGAAGCAUCUCUCAACCAGGAAAAAAAUCAUACCAAUGGAAAAAAUUCUACCAGUGAAGCUGGAAAAUGUUCAAACUCUUCGAGUGGUAUUAGUGAACCAUCUGAAAUAACUUCUGGAAGCAGUACCAACAGCAUGGAGGAAAUUCAUCCAGGAACAAUAUUUGUUACAGAUGAGCAGACCUUUACCAAUGAAGUCUUUGAUGAAACACCUCUCAAUGACAGUGAGAACUCCCAAACAGAUCUAAGGUUUGUGAAAGUACUACAGAGUGAGAUUACUACUCUUCUUCGAAAAAAUGAAUAUCUGGAAAAUAUUAAUGAAUCAUUGCUCGGUCAAGUUUCAUAUUUAGAAGACGCAUUUGCUAAAAAAGAGCAAGAUUCAGAGGAUUUAACGAAUCAAUUAAGUAAAACAAGAAAUCAUUUAGAAGUGCAAAUACAAAAAUAUGAAGAGGCUGAAGACCGAAUUAAUAUUGUUACUGAAGAAAAUAAAUCAAUGUCAAUACAAUUAUCCCACUCUGAAAGAGAAAACUGCAAGUUAAAUUCAGCUCUUUCAAGCCUUGAAGAAAAGUUAGAAAGCAGUUUAAAUGAAAAUAAAGAAAAUCAUUUCAAGAUUAAAGAGUUAAAAAAUAAACUAGACACAUUAACUAAUAUACAUAAUGACUCAAUUAAACAUGUAGAACUUGAACGAGAAAGUUUUAAUUUUAAAGAAAAUGAAAGGGAAAUUGCUUGGGAAGAAGUUAUGACUGAAAAUCAGAAGCUACGACAGCAGUUAGACUCAAAUGUUUUAUAUACAGAAGAUUUGAAACACAAACUAAAAACUGCACUGAAAGAGUUAUCCGAUUUGCAAAUUCAUCACAUAAAAAAUAUAAUGGAGACUGAUAGUUCUUGCAGCAUUCUCAGUGGUGAAAAUGCAAAGGUUUUUAUGGGAGAAAACUUCUUCCUCGGAGACACAGUUCCGUUUAAAGCUUCGCUAUUGGCUGAAUUAAAAGAUGAGGUGGAGUUGUCCAAGAAAGUGUGUAGCAGUGAUUGCAAGCACACUAUUGAACUUCAUCCCAGUCCCUUGGACACUUCUAAUACCACAGACGUUACAUCCACUGUCGAAACUGCAGAGAAGGCUACAAUGACCAAUAUAAUUUUGCAACAAGAAAGUCCCAAAAUACCAAAGCUGAGCCUAAACAGCAGCAAAUUUCAUAUUUUCAAAGCUAGGAGAUCUGUCAGAAAAUGGGCAAUUCUUUUGGGGAUACUCUGUUUUUUAUGUUUCCUUCUGAUUUUCGUUUUCAACAUCUUCAUUAGUCUUAAAACAAAGCGUUCUCAUAAACAGAUGUACUAUUUGAGUUUUAUUUUGGAUUUGUUAUGUGUUAGUGUAAAGACACUAGAUACAUUUGAUCCUAUUCAGUAAACACAUAACUCAUAAAAAUUUUCAAACUGUUGUGUUUACUGUGGAUUACUUUUUAGUUUCCAGUUGUUAAUGUUUACAUAAUGUAUAGUCUCUAGUAUUGUACUAUUUAAUUUGUUAUCAAUAAAAAGU